UGUGACAGCUUGCGCAUGCGCCUUGCUGGUAAAGUGCCGUUCGCUCUCAGUACAGAAGUUUAUUAUAUUUAGUGUUUAUAUUAAAAGCUCCAAACUUUACGGUCACCGAAUGACUUUGUGUGAGUUAUUAAACAGGCAGAACGAUAAGAUCUGUGAUGGUGAUCACGUGCUCACCUUCAUCAUCAUCAUCAUCAUCAUCAUCAUCAUCAUCAGCCCUUAAUUAGGGACCAACUCAGGUUUAAAGGUCACACUGUGAGAAACCUCACACAGAGCAGAGGGAGUUGAGCACUUCUGCUCCAUCACACUCACUUACUCCUUUCUCAUCUUCAUCAUCAUCUUCAUCAUCGUCAGCUAUGGACAUUGCGCUGGCUCACCCAGUGUUGAAGGCGUUUCUGUGUGGUUCCCUCAGUGGAACUUGCUCCACAUUACUGUUCCAGCCGCUGGAUCUGGUGAAAACACGACUGCAGACUCUACAGAAUAACACACAGCCUGGUGGUGCUAAGUUGGGGAUGCUGCGUGUGUUCAUCACAGUGGUUCGGACUGAAAAACUCUUCGGUUUGUGGAAGGGCGUCUCCCCGUCAUUUGUACGCUGUAUCCCAGGUGUAGGGAUUUAUUUCAGCACAUUCUACUCACUGAAGCAGUAUUUUUUUGAGCUGCGAGAACCAGGAGCAUGUGAGUCUGUGUUUUUGGGAGCAGCAGCACGUUGUGUGGCUGGAGUCACCAUGUUACCCUUCACUGUCAUCAAAACACGCUUCGAGAGUGGGCGGUAUAACUACAGCAGUGUGUGGGGAGCACUGAAGAAUAUGUGUGAGACAGAAGGACCAAGAGCUCUGUACUCAGGACUCACAGCUACACUGCUCAGAGACGCUCCGUUCUCCGGCAUUUACGUCAUGAUCUACAGCCAGAGCAAGAGGGCGCUGCCGCACGAAUUUGGAUCGUCACGUCUGGCUCCUCUGCUGAAUUUUACUUGUGGAGUGUUUGCGGGGAUUUUGGCAUCUGUGGUGACGCAGCCAGCUGACGUGGUCAAAACACACAUGCAGAUAAAUCCAACUCACUACUGCACAACACGCUACGCACUGCAUGCCAUCUACAGUGAACAUGGAAUCAGAGGUUUUUUCUGUGGUGCUGUUCCACGCUCAUUGAGGAGAACUCUGAUGGCUGCAAUGGCCUGGACUGUGUAUGAACAACUUAUGGCACUUAUGGGACUUAAAUCCUGAAAACACACACACACACAAUCAAUCCCAAAGGAAACACUUUCUCAGCACACUCCUUGAGAAAUUGACCCACAGCCAAUUAGGUGAAUGAGCUCUAAUUCUAUGGCGUACGUGAUGAAACAGGCUCCACCCACUAUUGUGUCAUUGAGAAGACUCCUCCUCCACACUCCGUGUUCUUGCACCUACACCUGCUGUUACUCCAGAAGCUACACUCCUAUGUCCAUGAUAAAAGGCUGUAAACUAUAUAAAUUAUAUACUAACUAACCAUUAAAAGAAUGUUAUUUUUUAAUAAUAGGACAGAUAAUUGCUUCUAUAAGAAAUGAGACUGCUGUGGAUUCACAUCUGAUCUCACACUUCAUUAACCUCAUUAUUCUUUGGGACUCUCUUCUUAAUAUUAUUAUUAUUAAUGAAUAUGUUGUGUGUUGUGAAAGGAAUCUGUUUUUGUGUUUCCGUGUCUAAAUGUGUGUAUAACCUGUGUAUAGUGUACAGUGUGUAUUUGUGUGUAUAACCUGUGUACAGUGUGUAUAGUGUACAGUGUGUAUUUAGACUGGAUGUAUGAAUCACACUCAUGUUAUAGUUUGUGAAUGCACUUUAAUUCAGCAGGUGUGUAAAGUCCAUGUUCACUCUGUAAACACCAACACACAUAAAAGUGUUCUCUCAUUUCUGCAGUAACAAACUGGAGCUUGUGUUCAGAGACUUUUCAUGGUGGUUUACUUUAUCUUGCUGGUAUCUACUGAUAACGCUGUGCCUCUUGUUUUGUUUACUUGUGAAUAAAUUUGUCCAGUUUUAUAGA